CAAGAUCUUUUUCAUACACGCUUUUGUAAGAAAAUCAAAUAACAAUAACCCAAUGCAAAAUGACACAUAAAAAAGGAUCGGUCGGUCAAAACCUGCUGAAAAGAAUCCUAUUCAGCUUCAUCGGAAUUCAUCAGAGUGAAAGAAUCAAGAACCAUGGAGUAACAGCCAAAGGAUCCGCUAAAAAAGUACUCUUAUUUCACCGGAUUUGAGGUGCAUCUACCUGAAAUGUACCUCUUCAAUCCGCGAACUCCCAAAAAAGUCAGUGACUUGUCGCCAGCUUGACAGCUUGUGGUCGUGGGGUAAAAGAUUCUGAAACGCCGACGGUCCGCUGAGUCAGCAUGUGAGAGAAGAUCCAAAUUUCCGAAUGGAUAAGCCAUUGGAAGCAAUUUGUUAACCCAAUCGAGCUAACCCUGGUUAACCAACUAUCUAUAAAUAUUUUUACCCAUCUGGCUACUUCUCCAACACAAAGCAAACACAACAACAAACAAUCAACUGUCUUUCACACAUCAGAACAAUGGCUUCCACAUCUUCUGCAUUCGCCUGUUUCGGCUCCUCCUCUGCUCAUUUCAUGGGCCACAAAGUUUCAAUCAAGGAACCCAGUUCCGUGCCGACAAGUGUCCAAUUCCGGCCACUCCGUGUCUCCGCCGCUUGUGCAUCGACGGCUGAGAGACCGGUUUCCCACAUUGCUUCUCCAGCGUCACUGUACGAGGUCUUGGGGAUCCAGAUGGGCGCCACUUGUCAGGAAAUAAAGGCUGCUUACCGGAGACUGGCGCGAGUCCUGCAUCCCGACGUCUCAUCUAGCGGUCAAAAUAACGCCACCGCACACGAGUUCAUCAAAGUACAUGAAGCUUACGCCACGCUGUCUGAUCCCGAGAAACGCGCCGAUUACGAUCGGACGUUGUUGUUCAGACCGAGACGAUCCUUCGCCGUGUCAGCGUCCGCCGCAUCUAUGGCCAGCCCCACGUCUUCUGGAUUUUCUGGUUACACGAGGGGAAGCUGGGAAACUGAUCAAUGUUGGUGACACUUUGGACAAAUCACGAAGUUCAGGACUGGAUUUUUUAGUUGUGUAGAUUUCAGAGUGAUGAUUGGAAACUUUGCCCCCUGAUUUUCAUUGUUUUGGGCCUUUUGGUUUUUGGGGAGAACUGAUAACUGCUAACACUCCUGUCUGUAAAUAGAAAAAUAUUUAAACUAAAACAGGCGGCUUUUUUAUAGCCUGAGUUUGUAAAGUUUGGAUUUUCUUAUAUCAUUCAUGGAUUCAGUGUUCUGUUUCUUUA